UCGAAAUGUCGAAGCAGACGGAGCGACAAAGUUACGCACAGACAUACAAGCUCGUUGUCGUAGGGGGUGGUGGAGUUGGGAAAUCCGCGAUAACUAUACAAUUCAUUCAGAGUUACUUUGUCACAGAUUAUGACCCAACAAUUGAAGACUCGUACACAAAACAGUGUGUUAUUGAUGACCAACCAGCGAAACUCGACAUCCUUGAUACAGCUGGCCAAGAAGAAUUUAGUGCCAUGAGGGAACAAUACAUGAGAUCUGGUGAAGGUUUCCUUCUUGUAUUUGCUGUGACAGAUAAAGCAAGUUUUGAUGAGAUAUAUAAAUUCCACAAACAGAUAUUGAGAGUGAAGGACAGAGAAGAAUUUCCAAUGCUGAUGGUCGGAAACAAGGCUGACCUAGAGCAUCAGCGUGUGGUUAGUGUUGCUGACGCUCAUGCUCUGGCAAGUCAGCUGAAAAUUCCAUACAUAGAAUGCAGUGCUAAAUUGCGCACAAAUGUUGACCAAGCUUUUCACGAGCUGGUACGAAUAGUGCGCAAGUUCCAGCUUUCAGAAAGGCCUCCUCUUAAGGCUAACUACAAGAAGAAUAAAAAAAAAUGCUCAAUCUUGUAACACAAACAGUAAUUUCAUCAGAGUUUUCAUGGAUGUUCGCACACAAAUCACGCAUCUUUUGUAUGUUAUAUGCUUUAAAACCGUUAAAAAUGUGUUGUUUCUCUUUAUAUUCUUCCAUUUCAGUGAACUGCUGAUGUGGCAUUUUUUAAGUGCAAAGUUGCGCACAAGUUGUCUUCACAUUCUUAAUGUUUGAUGGAGCUAAAUUCUAGGUUUUAUCAGUUGCUAAUAAACUGAAUGUGUAUUGUAUAUUUCAGUGCACUUUUUUUAAAUUUAAGGUAGUUCCAUACUUUUUAUUUUGUGUUGAUGUCGAACAAGUGAGCACUGACAAAACACCACUGACUGCUCUGUCAUAAUUGUUUGAAACAAUUCUUCUGCUACAUGUUUAUGAGCUGGUUUAUGUUGAAUGCUCAGAUUGCAGAUUUUAAAUCAUAUGUUACACAGAGUUUGUUAAGCUGAGAUGGAAGAAUGACAGGAGACAUGUGUAAGUUUACCAGUAAAGUAUACAGUCACCAAGAUUGAAUAAUUAUAAAUAUAAUAAUGCAAUAGUAAUGUUGAUAAUAAACUGCAAAUUGAUGUCACUUUAUGCAAAGUGCUGCUGCUUGGAAAUCUUUAUUACUGAGGAACUUUGUAGUUAUGUUCAUUGCAAAUUAGCGUUUUAUUUGCUUACAUCCUGAAUUUACACACUUAAAAAGAUAAAGAAAAGCUACAAUUCCUGUGAUUGUAAUUUGGAAAAUAACUAAUUUUCAGCUGAAGCUGGUUUUAGGUAAUAACUCAAUAACAUUAAUAUUGGUGACAGAUAAAUUACCUAAUGUUGUAUUAUUGUGCUCCAGAUAUCUGUAAAAGUCUAACAGUACUACAGAAAAUGCUAUGUGAAGGAAACUAAAAAUUUAAAUGAUAUUUGUAUGAUUAAUGAUGAAUACUUAGUUUUACCAUAUCAAAUGGAAAUGACUGUAAGAAAUUACAAAAUUAAUAAUAACACAAAGCUGCUUUGAAGCCAAAAUCAUGAACCCUGCAAUUACGGAAGUGCUCAUCACUUUGCAGUGUGAAAUAGUACAUCUCCUGGUCUCUGUUAUUCAGACUCUACUGUCAAAUUUACUCAGAGCAAUUAUUUUCAUCACCUCUGACCGCAGAAGUGUACAUACAGGAUAGGAAGCUGCCACUUCCAGAAUGUUGCCAGUCAAUUAUGUUAGCUAUGCUGUUGCCAAUUUCAUUUUAUUAUGUUCUUUAUAUGCCAAAAGUUUUGCAGACCGUGUCAUCAAAACUAAACAAAAAGAAAACUGUGCUGCAUGUGCAGCUUUUAUUUGAUGAUUUGUGUAUAAUCUGUGUAUCCUCUAUACAAUAAAUGUUAUACUCUGAAAAACGUUUCUUUACGUAUGGUAGGAACAUAUUUCAGUGGUCACAAAUAGUGAUAACAGGCACGGUCUGAGAAAAUCUGUGAAUUUGUUACACGUAAUUAGAAUUAGUCUUAAUCAGAUGGUAAAGUCUUCUUCGGUUCGAACAUAUACUAUUUUCUUUCUUAUGUUUUGCACUGAUCAAUUAUUGCAGUCACUAUUAUGCUGUGUGCUAGCAUAAAGUGCCUAUGUCUUGAAAGUUGGUGACAAAAGGUGAAACAUGUUAUACCCAUUUUAUAUUUAUGACCCAUUAUGUGCACAAGAGAUAUUUGAUAUUAUUGCCAUUUACAAUAUUUGUAUUUGUUUAAAUUGUUUUUCUUACUUUUUGACCUCUCUCUCUCUCUCUCUCUCUCUCUCUCUCUCUCUCCCCCCCUCCCCCCCCCCCCCAAUCCCCCUCUCGCCCCCCCCCUCUCCGUCUCUCUUCCACCCCCCCACCCCCCUUCUCCCCGGCUAGAGCUUUUCUUACCUACCUUAAUUUCUUUUUAAGUGGAGAGGUGAGGGAGUAAAUGCAAGUAAUGAACAUUGCAGCUACUGCAGGCAGCAUUCAAAUUAUUUUAUGGCUUAUGUUUCACAAUUUGUGUAUUUGUAUCGUACAAGAUAUUUUUUUCAGUGUAGUUUGUACAUAUGCUUUACUCUUGGGCACUAUCAUUACGCCGAAAAUCAAAUCUGUGUGUGUGUGUGUGUGUGUGUGUGUGUGUGCGUGUGUGUGUGUGUGUGUGUGUGUGUGUGUACGCUACGCCAUAUCAGAAAAUGUUUUGUGCCAAUUAUUUUUCAUACUCUGAAUGUUACUGUGUGGCUUCGAGGAUGUAUGUAAGAAGAGGUCUGUUGGUCUAAAGCUGAGUGUCCAUUUUCAAUACAGUUGUAUAUAAUGUACUGCAAAAUUAGUGUUUAAACUCAAGUAAAUGAGGAUUUUCUUUUCUACUUGUGUUCUGAUUCCUGUGAUGUAAUUAUUUUCUGUACAGCUAAUUGUGUGGCUUUCAUAUUUGUGAGAAUUAAGUGGUUAAUUUGUCUGUGUGUUUUUUGUUCAUUUUUUAGACUGGUAAUUAGCGUGCAUUAUAAUCUGACUUGGACGUGAUGGACCCAUCAAGAUAACUGUUUACAUUCCCUCAUGAACACUGCCUUCUUGCUUCACUAAUAUUAACCCUGCAGAAUGUUUGUAUGUGGUCCAUUGCUGAUGCGGUGACAAUGUGGGGGAGUGUGGGAAUGCAAUAACUGCAGCGGUGAUUAAAAAGAUUAAUUUUCCUUUAUGUAGUAUUUAUUGAGAGACCAUUAAUAUUUCUUUUCAUUAUAUUUAUGGCCUAAAUUCGUAGUGGAGGCAUAAAUCAUCCAUUGCAGAUAUCAUGUAUGUUGUAAAUGUUUGUGAACCUGUUAGGUUCAACUAUUUGACUGAAAUAUGAUAGACGUAAUAGAUUCUCAGCAGAUUGGGGUGGGGAAAAAAGGGCAGAACAUUUGAAAUUCUUCAUUUGUAAUGAGAUAAGUAUCUUAAGGGCUUUAUGCUAUUUUAAUGAUUCAUAAUUAAGAGUUUUGUAACUGCUGGUAAAAAAUAUAUUUCAGAACUGAAAGGUCCUAUAUUCAAACUCAGAUGGGGAAGGGGAAGAACUUUUCCUCACUUGUUCCUUACAGGUGGCUCCUAGGUUGAAUCAGCUUCUGUCUAAGUGAAUACAGAGGUUAACAAAUAAUCAAUCUUGUACUUUAUCUUCCUUGUUAAAUGUUUCAUCAUUCUGUAAAGAAUCAAAGCCUGUCAACACUUGCCUCAUAAUGCAAGGAAGACAUUAGUAAGGGAAUAUCUUUACUAUAGACACAGUAUAGUGAUGGGAUAAAAUUAGUUAAGUUUCCCACAGAAAAGAGUCAGAGGGUAAAUUAUUUAAAUGUGAUCGUCUAAUUUUGACAGACAGGAAGACGUCAAUGUCACUAACGGUAACUUGAAGGUUCUUGCAGAACAUUCUCAAAAGUAUUUUACAAAAUGAUUUUUAUGCAUAUUACUUAGAAAUGAAAUUCUUAUUUUGAUCGUGCUGAAUACUAAAAAAAACUAUAUUUUUGUUAUGAUAUUAUUCUUCAUUUUAUCUUAAGAUUUGCGCACUAGUUUUUAUACUGCGUUGUUUUCCAUGUUUAUGUUAAGAAUUAACAUGAAAAUAUUUUCAUGUGAAUAUAUAUGUAUUGUAAUUUUAUUCAAAGAAAUGUUGUUAUAUGCAUUAACAGAUGGUAAAAUUGAAAUGUCUACUCAUUUUUGCCCCUUGUUGUGUUCAUUUCAAUGUUACUAAUAUAUUGGGAAAAAAAGUGUGAACCAGUUUGCGGACAUAUCAUUCAAUUGUUCAUAUUGAAAUGUUCGCCGUUGACUCAGUGGUGUAGACAAGAUAUCAAGCAAUGUUGGACUUGAAUGGGGUGUAAGCAGAAUAUGAAAUGUUUAAAUGUUAUGAAUGGACACUUACUAGCAUGAGUGUACACUUACCAUUUACUUAAAGUCUAUGUGUGAUACUGUUGUGAGAUAUUUAUAAAAGUAUUCAGUGAUUAAUUUAGAAAACAUCAAUUUGUUUUUGUGCCUGAAGAAACAUUUGAGUGUUCAUAAACUUGCAUUCAAUUGUAAAACUUCCAUAUUUAACGUAUAUAUAAAUAUUUUAUUUUGCAGUAUAAUAUGCAUGUGGUUAUGGUGGCAAUGCUAGUGUUUCAUCUGUUGCAGUCAUUGUAUUAGUAAAAGAAACAUAGAAUAGUGGUCAUAUUGUGAAGGGCAUUUGCAUUGAGAGACAUAUGAAUGUUUUUUUUUUUUUUAAUUGUGCCUUAAUGAGGGUACAGAAAUUGACACCAGUGCCUUAUUAAAAAAAAUCUAUGCAAUAUAUUUUAUAUUCAACAAUGUGGUCUGAUAGCAACCCACUGCAUCAAAACUGUACCAUGUAGUUAAAGAAAAACUAAUAAUUUCUUUAUAGACUGACAAAUUUAAUUUUUUUACAUCACAAUACCCAUGUUAAAUAUUUUACAGUUGUACUCUUUUUUAGCCUUCUUUGCAUAGUCAUAUCCAUGAGUAAACCAACCUUGCUUUUAAUUUUGUGGUAGUUUAGUUCAAGAAAGUAUAUUUUCUACACUAUUGGACCAUUUUGUGGCAAUUUGGUAAAGUAUGUAGUUGUUAAAUGAGUAAUAUCCAUAGCAGCUGAGAAGCAGCUUAAACACAGAAAUGAUUUUGUCAUCGGAGAGUUACCGUGAGUUGAUGUCCUUGACACUAGUAGUACUGUGCUAGCUGUAAAUUUCCAUCUUUCUUAUUUCUAACACACUUAGUCUCACACCAGUAAUGAGGCAUUUUGAGACAAAAUCUAAAAAUUGUGUGCAAACUUUUAAUGUGUUCUAAUUUUGUCAUAGUCACAAAAGUUAAUAAAGCUAUAUUUUGUCCUAUAGAUUGUGUAAACUCAUCAAGAAGUUACUCACAAGGGUUUGAAUACAGAGUAUAAUAAAUAAAUAAAUAAAUAAAACAUUACUAACCAUUGCUAAAUUCUGUUAGCUAGUAAUUGACACUUGAAUUUUAGAGGAUGAGGAUAUUUAGGCAUUUGUACUCAACCAAGAAACUUGCCUGGCAGCAGUUAAUGAAAAUGUAUAUUGAAUUUAGAGAGUAGAAUUUAGAAAAAAAAGAGAUUAGGUUUUUAUUUUUGUGUGUAGUUCCUCCUGUUGCCAACUACAGUCUUCCAUGCCUCUUUUGUCAGUUCUUUGUUAGUGUUGAGAAGGUUUUAUGUCUUAUCAAUUCGUAGACCAUGUGGAAUAAUUUUUUAUUUUUGUCAAGAGAUGGAACAUUAUGAAUGAAAAUAAGAAAAUGGCAUCCCGAGUGAAAUGUGUACAUAUACUGGACAGCUGUGUUUUAUAAGCUUAUCAUGUGCUUCCUAGACUGAAUAAUUGUUUCACAGCACAGGUGUAUAUUCUGGAUAAUUUUCUCAGUUGUAUGGCUACAUGUGUAGAUGAUAAUAGACAGUAGCACAUGCUUUUGCAUGUGUGAUAGCUGUUUGGUUUAUGAAGAAAGUGCUGACAACAAAUUAUUUUUUUUUAAUUUUUUUUUUUUUUUUUUUUUUUUUUUUUUAAUGCAUGCGCUUUUCAGUUAGCAGGACAUAUAGUGCAUACUCAGUAACAAGUCUCCAAUUUAUUGAGAAAUGGAGACAGCAAAUAUUUUAAUUUCUAUAACAUUCCAAAAAUGCAUCCGAAAUAAUUAUGGAUUGGAGUGUGGUCUACGUUGUUUAAGUUGGCACUAUAUAAUAUUUAACUAUAUCAUUUUACACCUUGCACUGCUAUCAGUAUGGAAUACAAGUUAUGCUGCCUUCCAGUAAAACUAUAUUAUCACAUAACUAGCUUUGUUUUUUCUUUCUAUUUUGUGGCCAAAAGUCUUGUACUGCUGUAAUUAUUCCACAAGUCAGAUUUAUGUGUAUAAUAUUUACCAGCUGAAAUGUUAUUUCAGAAUGCUGCUAUUCUGAAAUAUAACACUGUUACUGCUAAAAGUUUGAUAUAAUAAAAUUUUAUGACACACUUAA